UCCGAGUGCAGAAGGCAACGCUGCUUCAACUCUCACAUCAUUUAUGCUUCCCUGUCAAACGAAAGCGAACGCGUCACCACAGCAGGUCAGGCCGUUCCUGAGCCGAACAGGAGGUUUGCGUUCUGGCAGCGCGAUUCCCCUGCUGCUUUUAAUUUCCGGGGACACCCCCGCGAUGGAAAAUGCUGCGCGCCUGCCAAGUGGGUUUGAAAAGAUCAGACAAAGGCCGCAGGAAGCCCUCGGGCUGCAGGCGUGAGACUGAGAGCGAGGAGCUCCGAUGGAGGAGGACGACGAGGGGGUGGGUGCAUUCGUUCAAAAGGAACAACUCCGCGGCCUCUACUUUUUAAUCCCCCCUCCUUCCUCCUCGUCCCGCGAUUUAAAGUAAUACAAGCCUGGGUGGGGAAUGCAUCGGCAGUCGUGCCUUUGGGCUGAGAGCCCAGAGUUUUAAAGCUGCUUUUCUGAUGCGCCGAAGGGUUUGGCAGUUUGAAUCCGACUGCGCAACGAGCAGCAGCAGCAGGAUCACGUGACGCAGUCCCGGGGAUCGCGAAUUGAUCGAUUGGCCCAAAAAAAAUAGGGAGAGACUGAGACACAGAGAGGGAGAGAGAGAAAGGGAGAGAGGCCAGUGGGAAAUCGGGUCAAAAAAAUAUGGAGACGCACAUCUCCUGUCUCUUCCCGGAGAUUUUAGCCAUGAUCUUCAGUUAUCUGGAUGUGCGGGACAAAGGGCGAGCGGCACAAGUGUGCGCGGCCUGGAGGGACGCUGCUUACCACAAAUCCGUCUGGAGGGGGGUCGAAGCCAAGUUGCAUCUGAGGAGAGCCAACCCUUCCCUGUUCCCCAGCCUGCAGGCCAGGGGCAUCAGGCGGGUGCAGAUCCUCAGCCUGCGCCGCAGCCUCAGCUAUGUGAUCCAGGGCAUGCCCAACAUCGAGAGCCUCAACCUCAGCGGCUGCUACAACUUGACAGACAUCGGCCUGGGACACGCGUUCGUGCAGGAGAUCCCGUCCCUCAACGUGCUGAACCUGAGCCUCUGCAAACAGAUCACCGACAGCAGCCUGGGCAGAAUCGCGCAGUACCUCAAGAACCUGGAGGUGCUGGAGCUGGGGGGCUGCAGCAACAUCACCAACACGGGCCUUCUGCUCAUUGCCUGGGGCUUGCACAGACUCAAGAGCCUAAAUUUGAGGAGCUGCCGGCAUGUCUCGGAUGUCGGCAUCGGCCAUUUGGCAGGCAUGACCAGGAGCGCUGCGGAAGGCUGCUUAAACCUGGAGUAUCUGACUUUACAGGACUGCCAGAAACUCUCGGAUCUUUCCUUAAAACACAUCUCCAAAGGCCUGACCAAGCUCAAGGUUCUCAACCUGAGUUUCUGCGGUGGGAUUUCAGACGCGGGUAUGUUGCACCUAUCACACAUGACCAGUUUGUGGAGUCUCAACCUGAGGUCCUGCGACAACAUCAGCGAUACUGGCAUCAUGCAUUUGGCCAUGGGUAGCUUGAGACUGACUGGUUUGGACGUUUCCUUUUGUGACAAGAUAGGUGACCAGAGCUUGGCUUACAUUGCUCAAGGCUUGUUUCAGCUCAAGUCGCUUUCCCUCUGCUCUUGCCACAUAAGUGAUGACGGCAUCAACAAAAUGGCCCGGCAGAUGCACGAAUUGAGGACCCUAAAUAUCGGCCAGUGUGUAAGGAUUACAGACAAAGGACUGGAGCUCAUAGCUGACCACUUGACCCAGCUCACUGGCAUUGAUCUUUACGGCUGCACAAAAAUCACCAAAAGGGGAUUGGAAAGAAUAACGCAACUUCCCUGCCUGAAAGUUCUUAACUUGGGACUCUGGCAGAUGACUGAAAGUGAAAAAAGUUUACAGAUGAAGAAAAUCUAGAAAAUGCUGAAUUGGAAUUUUCAAAGUUUGGUUGGUUGGACAGCUGGUUUGUGAUGCAGAGCGAUGCCAACUGUAUCGGUUCAAUUCCCGCACCCCUGAGGUUACCAUGAAGGACUCUCCUUCUCAAUCUCUCCCCUUGCUUGAGGUAUGGUGACUUUCAAAUUAAACCACUAGCUGUUGUCUCUCUCUAAUGAGAGAGCAGCCUAUGAUCUAGUAGGACAAUGGUGACUUUACCUUUUCAUUUGGUAAUGAAACUAAACUGUAUUAAUUAAAGAACAUGUAGCAGUUUGAGUAGGAAAUUGAUUAAAGGACAGAGGGAGAGCACUAUUCAAUUAAUGUCUUUUGGGCUGGAAAAUGUACAAAAUGUUACCUCCCAGAAUUUAGCAUGAAGACCAGUGCAUUUCUCAAUUUUUGUCAUUAGGUAUAAGGGCAAAGAUAUCAAACUUGGUAGAUAGCGUAAAGUAACUGUGAAAAGGAUUGAGUGAAACUUAAGAAAGACAGAUGGGAUAGCAGAUUGGCAGCUAGAUGUCAGAUGAAAAUUAAUGUGGAGAAAUGUAAAAUAUUGUGUUGCUGAGUGGUAGAAAAUGGAGAGAAUAAAUGGUAAAACUUUUGAAGAAACACAACUGUAGAGAGUUAGGGGGCUAGAUAGUUUUUUUUAAUAAAUGGGAGGAUUAUGGAAUGCUAAAUUUUAUAAAUGAGAGCACAAAAGAACAAUGUAAUAGUAAACAGUACAAAUGAUUGGUUAGGACUUUCCAUUUUAUUGUUCCUGGCAUAUACCAUGAAAAUAUUUCAAGAAAUUCUGAAAUUAUAGCUUGUUACAUUUUAACAAUUUUGAUUGAAAAAAUCAUGGGCUGAGGGAUGGGAUUUCUUGUUGUUCACUCCUAGUGUGCGUCAGGAGUAAGUAAUGAAGUAGAAACUCUCAAACGUAUUCUCCAGUUUUAGAAAGAAUUUCACAGAGAGGGUAUACAGGAAAGAUAUAGUAAGACAAUCCUAGGAUGAUGGUCAAGACAUUUGAUGAAGAGUCAGGUAGUGGAGAGGCAGAGCCGAGUAUUAUCAGCUGACAUGUGGAAGCUAACACUAUGUUUGUGGAUGAUGUUGCCAAGGGUGAGCAGAUAGCAUCUAUGAAUGGUGGAGGAGCUAUUUCUAGACAGCCUGUGUUUAAGAUGGAGGAACAAUUAAGAAUAGUCUCAUUGAGUUGGACUGAGGAGAGGAAUUGGAAGAGAAUGGUAUAAUCAACUGUGUUAAAAAGUUCAGAGACCAUGGAAAAGAAAUGGUACAGCAUAGUACACAUUGCUGCCACUAUACAUCUGUGGGCACAGGGAAUGACUUAAAGGUGUUAGAUGGUGCCAAUCAAGUCAGUUGUUUUGUCCUGGAUGGUGUCAUGCUUCCUGAGUGUUGUUGGAGCCUCAUCCAUCCAGGCAAGUUGAGAUUUUUCCAUCUUCCUCCUGACCUGUAGCCUGUAAAGUUGUGCACUGGGGAGACAGGAGGUUACUUACCACAGAAUUUCUAAUCUCUGACUUCUUGCAGUUGCAAUAUUUAUAUGGCUGGUUCAGUUUCUAGUCAAUAAUAAUUCCCAGUAUGUUGAGAGUAGGGAUUCGAUUAUAGUUAUGCUAUUGAUAGAAAGGGGGAGAUGAUUAGUUAGAGAUGGUCAUUGCUUGGCACUGUAUGGAAUGAAUGUUAUUUGAAUAUUGCCUAUAACGUACCUAAUGUUCUCAGAAUCCUCAGUCAAGCAGCUUGCAUUUAGUACACAAUGUCUCCUCGAAGCUGCACAGCCAUGCAGCCAUUCAAACGGUCAUGUUCAGGCCUUUACGUUACUGCACCUGAACAGCCACCCCACUGAGACAAAUCACCAAUACAGUCCAAAAAUACUUCAGGAAAUACGAACUGGGAGCCAGUGCACAAAUUGUACUCAAGACUAAUUCAAGAAUCAGAUUUGAUGGAUGCAAAGAAUUAUCUGCAUAAAAUAGCUGGAAGUCCAAGUACAAUUCUAAGACACACAGUGGUAAAUUUAGAGUGGGCACUGAAAUGAAAGCCCAGUGUUAAAAAAAAGUCUUUCCUUCCUAACAGUCUGCAAUUUUUUCGUUACGUUUACUCAGUUCAACAAAUUACUGCCAUAACCCCUCCUUCCUUUGCCAACCACUACCCUAUCUAACCCCCAGCCCUGUCUGCCCCCAGGGGAUGUGCAGGAAGUACCUUGUGUCCUGUAAUAUCAGUACAUGCAACGAGUGCAAUUUGUAACAUUGGUUAUUGCAAGACAUAACAGGGGUAAUGGGUCCUAGCAACACCUUAGUUGUUGUACUUCUCAACUAGCCAUGCUCCUGACCAAGCUGUUCUCGUACAGUACAAGACUGGCAAUUACCCAACAACAUGGAAAACUGCCCAUGUAUUUUGUGUCCACAAAAGCACCAUAAAUCUAAUCCAACCGAAUACAAUUGCAUUAGAUUACUCUCAACCAUCAGCAAAGUGAUGCAAGAUUGACAUUGUUUUCAAGCAACACAUCUUCAGCUAAAUCUGCUCACAGGUGUUCAGGUUAGGUUCAUACUCAUCUCCAAACCUCAUUACCACCUUGAUCAAGACAUGGACAGAAUAUCUGAACACAGGAGAUACAAUGUGAGUGACUGCAUUGAUGAGUGAUACAUCAAGGCGCCUGGAGAGCUAGAGUUAAUGGGAAUCAAGGGAAAAUCACUUCAUUGGUUGGAGUCAUACUCUACAUAAAGGAAGAUGGUUGUGGUUGUUGGCCAUCAAUUAUCUCAGCCCCAGGACAUUUGUGCAGAAGUUCCUCAGGGUAAUGUCCUUGAUCCAACCAUCUUUAGCUGCUUCAAUGACCUUCCCUCAUUCCUCAGAUCAGAAGUGGUAUUGUUUGCUGAUGGUUUCAGUGAGACUCGUCCGAAAAUGAAGCAGUCCAUGCCCAGAUGAAGCAAAAUUUAUGCAUGAACUGAAAAGUGCAACGACUAUCUCCAAAGAGAGAGAAUCUAACCAUCGCCUCCUUGAUGUUCAACAGCUUUGCCAUCGCUUAAUCAAUACAUUUAACAUUGACCAGAAACUUAACUAGACUAGCCAUAUAAAUUCAAAUCAAAGGCUAGGAACUAUGUCAUUAGUAACUCACUGACUCCACAAAACCUUUCCAUCAUCUACAAGGCACAAAUCAGGAAUGUCCUGGAAUAUUCUAUGGAUGAAUGCAGCUUCAACAACACACAAGAAGUUCAAAGCUAUCCAGGACAAAUCAGCCCACUUGACUGGGACCUCAUUCAGUUCAUUAAGCUUUCACUCCCCCCACCAACCUUACACAAAAGCAGUGUGCCAGAUUAGCUCCCUUACAGGCACAUUGAAAACCUAUUAACUUCACCACCUAGAAGGUCAAGGGCAGAAAAUACAUGGGAGCGCCUGUGCCCACAAAUUCCCCUCCGAAUCACACAAUAUGCUGAGUUGGAAAUAUGUUGCUGUGACUGGGUCACAAAACCUGGGACUUCCUUUCUAACAGCAAUGUGAGUAUACCUAUAGCGGAUGGUCCCUAGUAGCUCAAGAAUAGAGUUCAGAACCACCUUCUCAAGGAAAAUUACAGCGGGCAACAAACACUGACCCAGCCAGUGAAACUCACUAUGCAAUGAACAACUGAAGAUCUCAGUGAUGAGAGGCUUUAGUUAAAGUAAUCACAGGGAGAACAGAGAAUCUUGUGAUGACAGUCAGGAAGCUUAAUGGUAGAUAAUAUAGAUUUGUUCAGAAUUUGAGGGCUUACAUGUAGUAAAAAGAAGACAACAAAAAGUUGGGAAUGAAGGACAGGGAAUAGGAGUAAGCAGUUAGCUCCUUAACAGCUUUCAGUUUCGACGAUUCAAAGCAUUUAGAGCUAAUGAAAUAUGUUCUCUUGUGUGCAGCCAUCUUGAUUCUACACUGCAGCUGGUAAUCAUAAAACAAUUUGGGAUCAAAGGGAACAGUUAGUAUUUAUCUUAUGAUUCAUGUCAAUGCAAGGUUUCAAUUCCACAGCAAUACAUCUCCAACCUGAGAAUAAAACUAAAUCUUUUCAUCAAAAACAAAUGAUUAAGUUUGAACAGCCCUCUAGUUCAAUGGAAACAGUUCAAACAGCUACAAAGUUGUUGCUAAAUAAAAUCACUUACCUGGUUUCACAUGACUUUGUAUUGUCUGUUUCUAGGAUACAGAGCGUACUCCUCUCGGUAUUGGGAGCUGUUUCUAUCCGGGAUUGCUAUUUGACUAGCCUUCAUUCAGGUUCAUGCAUGGCACAAGGUGGAAUUCGAAUAUAAUUUUAAAAAAUUAACAAUCUAAUGAUAACCAUGAAACUGUUGUUGGUUGUUGGAAAACUCCAUCUGGUUCACUAAUGUCCUUUAGGGAAGGAAACUGUCAUCCUUACCCGGUCUGACCUACAUGUGAAUUCAGACUCACAGCAAUGUGGUUGCCUCCUAAUGGCUAUCUGGGCACGUAAGGAUGGGUAAUAAAUGCUGGCGUAGCCAGGAGCAUGUCCCAUUAAUGAAUAAGUUGUUCUGCUGAUGAUCGGCUUUGAUUUUCUUGCCAUGCUGUUUUGUGGCUUCUUGACUGAAGGCAUCACUUGGAUUACAGGGUAUGUAGCCUGAUUCCCAGGUCUCUCUACAACAGUGGCUCUUUUGGUUUUUGCAGGUAUGUCAAAUCUUUGCUUUCAGGUCCAAGCACAACAUUCAUUUGCUGUUGCAUUUUCACUAGCGUGCAGACCUUUUGUUCUGACAAUUUCACAUUUUCUAAGUUUUUCACAUCCUUUGGCUUGUUUUCAGUUAAAACUUCUCUUUUGUGUUCUUUAUCAUCUUCAAUGGCAGUAGUUGGCUGAUAGCAUGCCUUGGUUUGUCUGCCAUAGCAUCUUUUAAUCGGUGAGCUUGUCAACUGGUGUAACGUACCAGUUGAGAAGGAUUAUGCAGUUUUCAGGAUUGUCUUCAUUAUUUUAAGUGUUCACUGCCCUGUCUUUAUCUGUUAAAGCUUUAGCAAACUGGUGACAUGACUGAACUCAUAUUGCCCUGGCAACUUUUUGAGCAGUGUUCAUCACCUGAUCUAACUGCAGUUGGAAUGCCAGAUGUGAAGACAAGCUUUCAUCUAGGCCAGAUCAUCUGACUUUUAAAAAUUAGGUGACUAAAAAGAUGGAGCUAAUUCCUUACAUACGCUUCAAACAGCUCAUGGAUCUUUUCUGGUAUUUAGUGACUUAUAGAAGGCUGUCUUUUGCUGCUGGGCUUCAACCUGUUUGCAUGUAUCAAAUCUAAAUGUGUAUCUUGCAAUGUUCUUGUCCAUCAGUUAGUCAUCUUGCUGGUUUUCUAAAGGCAACCUUGGGGUCCUUUGCAACUUGAGUGAUUGCUGCACCUUUCUUCUUUCACAUUCUCACAUGUAACAAACUGAGAUCCCUUAAAUAUGAGUCUGUGCUGUUUCUUGUGUUUAUUUCUAAUAUAGAAAUAUGGCAUUUAUAUACUUCGGAAAGCUGGGGAAUCAUGUUUACCCCACAACUCAAACUGCAGGACCCAUUACAGCAUGUUGAUCUUUUUUCACUUUUGCUUCAGAUCUUCUGUGAAUUAACUGAGAUUUCUUACAUUUGGGCUUUUAGGUGUACAUGCAGUCUGCUUAACUGCUCAGCAAGGAAUAAUCUUGGUCUCUUUUGUAGGAACUGACAACUCAAGCCCCAAUAGAUACACCGCUUUCUAGCACUGAUGAAGCAUCAGUAGAGGGCUGAGAUGGUAGAAACUAAUAAAUGUUAGAAAGUUAGGCAUAAGCACCAUAUUCAGCAUAUCUGCACAGGACAGUAGAAAUUGCUGGUACAGCUCAGUGAUUUCUGAAGUUCUCACUGAUUCUGGUUAACCUCUAUACAAGAACACUGCUCGGUCCCUCUUCUCAUGUGACUGGUUGGGACCCCAUUGGGGGUCUUGUGGAGGCCAGCAAAUGUCAUCUAAUUCAACGUAUCAGCCUACACGGUGUUCCAAUGUAGCCUAGGAAGUUGAAACUCCAGCAUUGGAAUUUUACAUGCCUGCCUUCACCUUGUGGAUGGUAUUUUUCAGAUUUACAGUGAGAGACUGGUGAAAGCCCCAGUAAAUUUCGGGACAUGGUUUCAUAUGUUUGCGGAUAUAACACCUGCCUUUUGACUCAGAUGUUAACACUAAUUAACUCUUCUGAAACAGUUUCAUGUUGAACGUGGUCAAUCUUUAACAUAUCCUUUUUCCACUUGUUUACAUUUAUUUCUGUUAAGUUAUUCUAUUUCCUCAAUAAACAUGGAUGUGUCAUUUCAAUAAUGUGCUCGAGCCUAGAACAGAGUACGUAGUAUCUGACUCAUAGGUCAGGUGCUAUUAACUGUGUGAGAAAGCCUAGUUGUAUUUUCCAGGUAACAUAUGGAGAACUGCUACUAUUGCUUCACAGGUUUUAAAAAGAGUUGCAUUCAAUGAUUGAAGUAGGUUCCAUGACCUGUCACCCUAAAUAAUAAAAUCUUUUAAAAAAAUUUUGUCUUUUACUGUCUCACACUGGAGGUCAUUCAAGUAUUUUUAGUGCCUCUGUCCGCAUGCAGUAAAUUGUCAUGCUUCUGACAUUGUUUGGCUGUUUACUGACGUGUGAUGAUCCUAGUUAUCCCAUAUUGUUCCAUAGGUGUUGCAAUAAUAUGCUGAGAUAACUUGCCAAAUCUAAUUGGCAGGGUGCACUCAGUCCAUAAGCAUGACCUAGCCUUCUGAUUGCUUGCCAUUUCAGUACACACAGUCUAGCUCACAUUUAUGUCCUAUAUGCUUUAGCGUUCCUAUGAAGCCCAACACAAGCUGGAGGAAUGGCAUCUUAUUUUCUAAUUAGACAUCGUACAGCCUUCUGGACUCAACAUUGAGUUCAACAACUUCGGAUCAUGAACUCUGUCCUCCGUUUUGUUUUCCCCAUCUCUGUCCCCAUCUGUCCCCAUGGUUUAGUUUUCUUCAGUUUGCUUUCAGCAGAACUAUAUCCUGCUAUUAACACCUCCCCUGGACCUCUCUCUCUUGUUUACAACCAUGACCAUUUUCUUUACCUUUUGUUCUAUAACACUUGCAAAUGCUGUUUUCGUUCACCCUUUAACCUCCCCCAGACCUUCCAUUGCUGUUAAUAUUGCUCCUUCUCAUCUUUUACUCUGACAUAUAACCAACCACUUU